AUGUGGAAGAAUAAGGGUCUGGUGGAAAUCUUGAAGAAUGAUGAUGGUUUUAUUUUUUUCAUGUUUGAAAAUCGGGAUUGUUGCAUAGAUGUCUUAGAGGGAGGACCAUGGUAUGCGGGAGGUUUCCUUCUCAUUCUGAAGCAGUGGUAUCGCAUGAUGAAGCUGUCUAAGGAAGAUAAGAAAACUAUCCCUGUUUGGGUGAAAUUCUAUAAUAUUCCUCUGGAAUACUGGUAUGGGGAUGGUUUAAGUAGGAUAGCUAGUGCAGUGGGGGUACCUUUGUUUAUGGAUCAACUUACAUCUUCAGGAAGUCAAAUUUCCUUUGCUAGAGUAUGUGUGAAUAUUCUUGCGGAUUCUGCUUUCCCUGACAGUUUUGUCAUCACUAGUGGUGAAGAGUCUAUUACUAUCCAUGUGGAGUAUCAAGGUGUACCCUCUAGAUGUUUGCACUGCCAUGUUUUUGGGCACGAAACUAAAACCUGCCUCUCUGCUCAAGUGGAGAAACUUGUUGAGUUACAGAAGAUCACUGAAGAAAGCGUUGAACUUGAUGGGGGCUGGACAAAAGUUAAGGAUAAGGGUAAAAGGAAGGUUGGUUACCAACCAUCCCCUGACCACAAUGUCCAUAUCGAAGAAACAAGUGCAUCUACAACAAUGGAAAAUGACAGGGUGAAUGAAGUCCAGUCUAACGAGGUUGUUAUCCAUACUGAGAUUGAAGAGAUUGAUGCAAAAAAGCCACAGAUCAGAUAG